CCCUCCCCACCCUGAUCAAUGAGGGCUUAUUUAAAUAAUCUGUGAGCUUUUGGACCCAGGCCAAUCAGCUGUCAGGGCUCAUGAUAAAUCGCAAUGCAUUAUUGAUAAUCAUAAUUACUCUGACAUGCGCGUUCCAGCCGAAGGGGGUUAUUUCCCAACUCUAGGAAUUUGUUGUGAAGGGGAAAAUAAUUGCUACAAUUUUGCUCCCGAUGCUCGAACCAUGUCGAGACGCAAGCAGGCGAAACCCCAGCACAUCAACUCUUCCGAGGAGCCACAGCAGUUUCCAGAUGCAGCAGCCUGCGCUUCGGUCGCCGCUGCUUCCUCAGCUACGACCCCCGCUGCCGCCGCAGCAGACCACGGUGGCCCACCAAAUUGCCCUGGAGAUGGAGAUGGAAUAAAAGGAAGAGUUAAACGAUGUAGAACUGAGGAAACUAAUAUCUGUGAGAAAUGCUGUGCAGAGUUCUUCAGCCUUUCCGAAUUCUUGGAACAUAAGAAAAAUUGCACUAAAAAUCCACCCGUCUUAAUCAUGAAUGACAGUGAGGGGACAGCACCUCCUGAGGUCUUUGCAGAAAUUACCUCAGCCCCAUCAGAAAGUUUUCCAGUUGAUCGUUUGGAAAGUCAGAGCAGUAAGGAGAGUCGUUCAAAGAAUUGCACUGGUUCUGUGGACAAGAAAGAGAAGUCUGGUGUGGAGACAGGAACCUAUCUCAAAACAGAACCCACCAUUCCUCCUACACCCCACGGGAUAAGCUAUUUACCAAAAGGCAAAGUUCCUAACACUAAUGUGACUUUACAAACACUACGGGGGACCAAAGUAGCUGUGAAUCAGAGGAGUGCUGAUGCUGUGUCUUUACCAGUCCAGGGCUUUAGCACUUUCCCCAUGAUUCUGGAACAGCUAAUGAGUCUCCAGCAACAACAGCUUCAGCAAAUCCAGCUCACAGAGCAGAUCCGUGUGCAGAUGACCAUGAUGGCCACCAGUGGCCACCCAUCAGUGUCUCAUGGAUCUGACCCUCUGAAAACACUGGGUACUCAUAUGUCCCAGCAUCUCUCCACUGCUUUGGCUUUAGUUGGACAGAAGGCUGGAAGUCAGAGCCUGUCACUGGAAUCCUUAAAACAAGGCAAACUACCUCAUGCCAAUAUAGGCAUCCCAACUGCUGGUUCAGUGGCCUCUGGGAUACCAUCUUUCUCUUUAAAGCCUGAUGCAAACAGAAUCCUUCCUAAUGCGAUGUCUCGUCUUCCAAAUCCUUUACUACCUCAGUCAUCAGGUUCAGUUCUUUUCCAGAAUCCAUUCCCUCCAGUAUCUUCAGUUUCUUCUGUAUUGGACUCAUCCAAAAAAGGGAAGGGGAAACCUCCCAAUAUUACUGUGUCUGAGAGCAAACCAAAUGCUGAGGAGCCCUUCUUCAAGCACAAAUGCAAGUUCUGUGGCAAAGUGUUUGGAAAUGACAGUGCCUUGCAAAUUCAUCUCCGUUCCCAUACUGGGGAGAGACCAUACAAAUGCAAUAUCUGUGGCAAUCGCUUUACCACUAAGGGGAAUUUGAAGGUUCACUUCCAGCGCCAUAAGGAUAAAUAUCCCCAGAUAAAAAUGAAUCCUCUUCCAGUCCCUGAAAACCUGGAUAACCUGACAAGUGCCAGUGGGAUGUCAUGUGGAAUAACUGCCAUACCCUUAGAUGAGUCAAAUCUGAUUGUGGACAGUAAACCUCCCCUGACUGCUGGAGCCCCUUCCCUAGGCUUACCUCAAAGUCUCUCUUCUCUGACCCCCAAAGACUCACUUAGUGGUGCUUUUCCCAGUGAUCUACCAUCGAGGCCUUCCCCAGAGAGUGAAGGGGGUUCUACAUCUUCCGGUGUGGCCAGUCAUGAAUCUGGGACAGAGCAGAGCUUGAGUUCCCCACAGGCUGGUAGUAGCAUUGGUGGUUUCCCAGGCAGUGGGGCCACUGAGCAGGGGUCAGAGACUUUAAAGCUACAGCAACUGGUAGAAAACAUUGAUAAGGCUACCAGUGACCCCAAUGAAUGCAUCAUCUGUCAUCGAGUUCUAAGCUGUACAAGCUCCUUGAAAAUGCAUUAUCGCACUCAUACUGGGGAGAGACCGUUCAAAUGCAAGAUCUGUGGAAGGGCCUUCUCUACAAAAGGCAAUCUUAAGACUCAUUAUGGAGUUCACCGAGCCAACACUCCUUUAAAAAUGCAGCAUUCUUGCCCCAUUUGCCAAAAGAAAUUUACUAAUGCAGUUGUGCUGCAGCAGCAUAUCCGAAUGCACAUGGGUGGCCAGAUUCCCAACACCCCUAUGCCUGAGAAUUCCUGUGACCAUGUCGAUAUGGAUCCGGCUGUUAUCGGUGAGAAAAAUGGAGAUGCCAUUGCCAAUUGCAUUGACGAGACCAUCGAGAGCAUUGUUGAUAUGGAAGAUUUAGAUUCCCAAGAUGUUCCUGGUGGUUCAUCUAAGCCGUCUACUCCAUUUCCUGAUGCUCAGUCAGAAACGCCGGCUGGGGCAUUUACCAUUGUCUCGGAGGCCCCAGGGAAGAUGGGCAAUCCCCCUCUGAGCCUGCAAAGGCAGAGUAGCUUGAAGUCUAGUUCUGCCGAAAGCGAUGGCAUGACCAACGACUCCUCGUCUGUAAUGGGAGAUCAAGAUUAUCAAAAUGGCCGCAGCCCGGAGUCGGCAUCCUUCCAGGCAUUAUCUCCAACAAAUAGUCAAGCCGAAAGCAUUCGGUCCAAGUCACCUGGCUUAACCAAUCACGAUGACAUGGGAAACAAGGCUGAAGGACCCGAAAACCCUCCAGCAGAAACUGAAGGUGAUGGUGCUUUGGAUUUAACUUAUGCCAAUAUUGGCCGAAAGGUCAUCAAGGAAGAGCCUGGGUUAAAUUUUGCAAAUGGGGAGUAUGGUCGAGGUAACAUUCCUGCUACUUUUGUCAGAAUGCCACCGGCCUUGAUCAAAGCUGAAGCUCCUGGGGAGCGUCCUGUAAGCAAUAAUCCAUUUUCUGGACCUCCUGCUUUGUCCCCAGGGGUGACACCCUUGUUGGUGGCCCCUCCCCGUCGCACUGCCAAACAGCACAUUUGUACCACCUGUGGGAAGAACUUCUCAUCAGCCAGUGCCCUUCAGAUCCAUGAGCGUACUCAUACUGGUGAAAAACCUUUUGCGUGUACCAUUUGUGGAAGGGCCUUUACAACCAAAGGAAAUUUGAAGGUCCAUGUUGGAACCCAUAUGUGGAAUAACUCUGCCCGACGUGGAAGGAGAUUAUCUAUUGAUAACACCAUAGCAUUGCUGAGUAAUGAUGUCAAGAAGGUAUCUGAGAUGUUUCCAAAGGAUAUAGUCCCUCCUGCGGUGAAUCUUGAUUCCGCUGUUUGGAACCAGUAUGCAGCUGUGAUUAACAAUGGCUUAGCCAUGAAGACUAAUGAGAUAUCUGUGAUCCAGAGUGGUCCCAUCCCUGCCCUACCAGUUCCUGUCAGCGGUGGAGGAUCUGUAAUGAAUAAUGCCCCAGUCUCCAAGAUAGAUGGUUCACAGUCUGGGAUUAGCUCUGAUGUUAUAGAGAAAGCUAGUGCUACUGACAGUGUUCCAAAACAUCAAUUCCCUCACUUCCUAGAAGAAAACAAGAUUGCAGUCAGCUAAAAAGGAAGCAAAUAGACACUUUUAAAAGAAAAAGAGAGAGAGAGAUUCCAGCCCAACUACAGGGGGUGCUUUUUUGUUUUUGUUUUUCCUGUCUAUGUGCAAAAUGACUGUAGUUGUCUUUAUACUUUGGGCAGCUCUACAAUCAUCUUGUUGCUUUGCAAAAAAAAAGAAACACAGAAUAGGAGUUUUUCUAUUUGGAAAGAUGCGGGUCUUGCAAAGUAGCUUUGUUAUUUAAACUAUAUAGUCUUCUCCAGACUAUAGGAAUUGUACAUCCAAAGAUUAGUUUUGCCUCCAUUAAAGGUGCUGCUUAUAAGUUUUGUCAGUGAAGUGAGACUGAAGACAACCCUGAGCAGUAAUGGGGGAAAAAAACCAACUAUUUACGUGGGCUACUGUUUAUGCGGGUUAAAUUGUUAGAAGGUCUGCCAUCCUUUUUUAGAUUUAGACUUGUGGGUUUUUUCUCACUUCUUGAAUGUACUUUUGUUUUGUUUUUGUAAACUAAGGUUGUAGAAUGAGGACUCCUUCAACCUUUGCAUCGAAAUGGAAAGGCCUUUCUUUACUGGACUUGUUCAUAGUCCCUAAGGAAUUAUGUUGUGUGUUGGUUGCUGCUUAUUUAAGAACAAUUCAGCUAGCACCCCAAGAGUGCCAAAGCUAGCUCUUCAGGGUUCUCUUGCCCCUUUCAUAACUUUACCAAACACUGAAGGGAAGAUUCCCCUCCCGGCACUCCUUCCUCUCCCCAACAAGGGGCUCUCAGGUGACUUUAAUUCAAUUAGGCAGUGCCUACCUUUUGGAGGGCUGGAAAGGAGGGAACAGCAUUCCUAUUUUCAGUCAUUCAUUUCACUGUUAACUCUUAAGCCAAGGUCAAUAAGGAUUCAUGUGUAUUGGACGAAGGUUUGUGGAUAUGGGAGAGAAGAGUCCAGCAGUCUAGGCUUUAAUUUAUCUACCUCAUUUUUUUUCUUUGUAGCUGUAGUAUCUAUUUUUCUAUGAAUAUGACCACUGAACUGAAACUGCUUGUUCCCAUGCACUAAUAACAAGUUGAUGUAUUAGUGGGAGCAGCUGAACCUGGAUGACUUUCGUCCCUCUUGUAUCUGGUUUGUACAUGUAAUAAAAUGUAAAGUUAAAGAUUAAACAUGGCUAUAAAGUGACUCUUGGGGGAAGGAAGAAAGGAGACCCUGACUUGGGUUAGGGGAAAUCAUUUAGUUCUUCCCUUAACUGUGGAAGGGCCUGAAACUGAAUGUGGAUCAAAAUUGCUAAUAAUUUGUAUAAACUGGGUUGUAUACCUGAUUAUUCUUGUAUAUGAUCUUUUUGCCAAGUUGUGCCUUCCUUUCCUCCUGAAUCUGUGAGAAGAGAACACAACAGUACUUGUUUACACUGUGAAGGGAUAUUGUUACAAAAAAAAUUACCAAAGGCAUUGUCAUUGUUAAGCUUCUGCCUUGUGAAUGUAUGACCUGAGGAGAAAUUCUAUUGUUUUGUGUACCUGCUGAUGUGUUUCUGUUGGGGUUUUUUUUGUUGUUGAAAAUAAACUUGGGAUGGCUUUUUCA